AGAGCCAAUAAGGGAAUUGCACAGCCCCAUGGAAUCAAAACACAACUAAUAAAAAAUUGAAAAUAUCUGCGCCUCCAGCAAGGAUUAGGAAAGUUCGGAUCGGCUGUCUCUAACACAGUGACACUUGCUGUGAAUCCCAGCCAAUGCCUCGCAAAGAUUUUAUGGCCGUGGCUGAGGAAGAAGACCCGAACUUUCACCGCCUCCCUUUAGAUUUUUAUCAAACAGUUAGUCGGCGAAACCUUUUAAACCCCCAUAUAAACCCUUUCCACCUUACAUUUCUCACCGACCACGUGAUACCUUAUUACGCCUUUUUUCUCUCUUAGAACCGAAACCGAAACAAGUACCCAUUGAUUUUUGUACCUUAACAAAUGGUUCCUGAAGAAGAAAAAUCUCCAAAAUCGCCUCGUAAACCUUCCGAUUCAUCUUCUACGUCGGAAUCGGAGGCGACUCCAUCCUUGUUACAGCCAUUGAUGGGUUCUCGACUGUUCCCUACUAUGGAGGAUUUGAGCUACUCUGAGUCUCCUUUAUCUGCGCCGAUCCCUUCUCCUUUAAUGGAAUUCGGAGCAUUCUCUGUCAUAGAACAAUCAGUUUAUUCUCCUUCGGAGAUUUUUGAAUUCAAAACAAAUCCUAUAUCUGAAACUGAAAGAGCCCCUACUGAACUAGCUAGUGGAGUAUAUACAGGUGAUUACGCGGAGGAGAACAUUGGGAUGCCUCAUCCUCUUGCCAGCUUACAGGAGAAUCCUAUGCCGCCGUUUCUCUCGAAAACUUAUGAUCUGGUAAACGAUCGGACGCUGGACCCGAUUAUCUCGUGGGGGACCACAGGGGAAAGCUUUGUGGUGUGGGACCCAGUGGAAUUCGCUAGGGUCAUACUGCCUCGGAAUUUCAAGCACAACAAUUUCUCCAGUUUUGUUCGGCAACUCAAUACUUAUGGGUUCCGCAAGAUUGACAGUGAUAAGUGGGAAUUUGCCAAUGAAGCUUUCCGGCGAGGUGAGAGGCGUCUGUUGAAGAAUAUACAGAGGCGCAAGUCACCCCAAUCCCGGCAGUUUGCUAGCUAUACUGGGCCUUCUACUGAAGUGGGAAAGUCAGAACUGGAAAGAGAGAUAGAAAGAUUGAGUGAAGAGAGGAGUAUGAUGAUGCAAGAGGUUGUAGAACUGCACCAGGAGCAGCAUGGAGCUGUUCAUCAUAUGGAAGCAGUGCGUCAAAGGCUUCAGGGAGCGGAGCAGAGGCAGAAGCAGAUGAUUUCAUUCUUGGUAAAGUUGUUUCAGAAUCCAGCAUUCUUGGCCCGCCUUAGGCAAAAUAAGAAACAGGGAGAUAUUGGUUCAUCAAGGAUGAAAAGGAAGUUUGUCGAGCAACAGCACCAUGAGCCAGGACAAUCUGAAUCACCUAUGGAAGGGCAGAUUGUGAGGUACAGACCUGAGUGGACAAACCUAUCAUCAUCCGCUGUAGUCCCAGAUGUAAACCCUGCUCCUGUUGAACAAACUCCAGAUUACAUCUUACAAGAGAUGGUAGAAAUGGGUAAAGAUGUUGAAGGCAUGGCUUUUCAACUUGAGAAUGUUCCAUCUAAUGAGUUUGCCAUGUCAGAUGAACUAGCAAUGGCCCAAGGAUAUAUCAAAACUCCAGAGCAGUUUCAAGAAGGCAAAUCAAACUUGGGGAGUGAAGAUCCCCAUAUUAAAGGAAAGAAUGUUAUCAGUCCAGAACAAGAAGUUGCUCCUGAAUUUUUCGUUUCUUUCCCUGAGGUUUUGGCAACAGAGAAGAAUUUUCUGGAAUUCUCAUGUACUGGGAUUGAAAGCAUUAUGAAACAAGAGGAUGUAUGGAGCAUGGGAUUUGACAACCAAGCUGGUAUGUCUAGUUCUAGCCAAGAGUUAUGGGGUAAUCUUGUCAACUAUGAUGUGCCAGAGUUAGGAUCAACUGGUGGUUUCUCAGAUAUCUGGGAUUUAGGUUCUGCACAAGUGGCAGGAAGUUCGGGUAUUCAGAAGUGGCCGGCUGAUGAAAAUCCUGUUGAGCAGCCAGAGAGUCAUGCUAGCCAGAAAAAAGAUGAUAAAUCAAAGAAUUUAGAUCAAUAGGGCUUCAUUUGCAUCAGCACAUGGUGCGCUUGUGGAUUUUUGGUUAUAUAGGAAUAGAUUGUAUCAGUUGAACAUUAUAUAUAUUAUUAUUUGAUUGAAUAACAGCUCUCAUUCUUUCUUGAUUUUCAAA